AACUGAUUAAAAAAUCAGUGGAAUUAGAGAAAAAAUAUGCCCUGGAUGCUUGUCCGAAAGGAAUAGUAGGGAUUAAUGCUGAGCAAUUUAGCGAGUAUGUGGAACAUAAGUUGGUUGUAAAACAAGAGAAAAAAGACAAAGAACCGGCUAAUUUAGAGGAGAAAAUUCAAAGAUUACUAAAUGAAUUGAGUUCUUUAAAAAGUGAACUUGAUGGUAAUGACGGUAUCUCUGUUGCUCAAAAAAGCCAGUUAGAGAAAAAACAAUCUAAUUUAGAAAUUCAAAUAAAAAAUCUUUCUAGCCAAGAGAAACAAAACAAAUCGACUAUUGAAAAGUUAGAGAAAGAAGUUGAAAAGUUAAAAAAGAGGUUUGAGAAUGAUAAAAAACCUGAUAAAGUUCCAGAACCAGACAAUAAAAAAGAAGAAAUUGUUAAUUACAAAUACCCUUUAAUAGGGGAAAAAGUUGGUUAUUAUGUUUUUGACAAUAUUUCAUCAAAUAGAGACCGAAAACUUUUUUAUAUUAAUCAAAAUCAUCCUCAAAUCAAAAAAUUAUUAAGUCAAGAAAAAUUACAAGAGAAUAAACAGUUUGCUAUCCGCUAUGGAAAGAUUGAUAAAGAAAGUAGUGGUAAAGUUGUUUUAACUUUUAAUGAAGACAAUCAAGAAUUAGAAAUUAUUGAAGUUUAA